AGUACUUCCGGGCUCGGCAUCGGAGAUUUCGUUCCGGCUGCGACAACCUCCAUUCCUGCUUCUUCCGAGCAACGUUUAUUGCUUUGCCAAGCGAGUGAAUGGGGCGCGUGUUCGCAUGUUGAAAAUGCUCACCUGGAGGAAAUAAUCGAAGAUGGAGACGGAGUUGUGGAGGUGAAAUUGCCGUUGGUUUUUGACAUGAUCGACAUGGCGGUCGUGAUGCAAGACAUGGAACAUUUGGCUGUUCGUUGGCUUUCGACCGGUGCACGUGGAACAACGUGCAAACUGCUUCCUACGUUGAACGCGUAUAUUCUCACUCUGUCGGACCAGUUGAUUUGGCAGGGAUUUGCCCUGCCGAAUGCUGUGCGACACCAAGUUUUCCCGGAACUCGUUGAAGACGAUUCAGAAGCUUGUUGCGAAAACCUUGCGUCUGAAUUGGACGAAGCCAGGAAAAGUGUUGUGAAAAUUGUACGAGAGCUGAAUAGGAAGCUUCUGAAGAAUAUAGAGGGUGUCCAGCAGAGAAUUGAUACCGAAGCAGCGUUUCUGAAGCAGGUGGGAAACUUCAAAUGUGAGGAACGCUCUGAGUGUGGUAGUGGAGACGCUGUUCAAGAUCACUCUAUUUCUGCUGUAACCACGAAAAAUCUGCGUAAGGCUAGCGGAAUAAUCGUGAAACAAAUGAAAUCCAUCUGUGAAACAACGGAACUGGAUUCCGGGAUACAGACAAUGCUGAGCGCUAUGAUAAUUCUCCUGGAUUCGAUCAAGGCUGAGAUAGACGAUCGCGCACACCUUCUCCAGGAAAAGUUAGGCGAGCAUCCCAAGAAACGCAAGUCUGAUAGCAAUGAAGUUGGAUACAGAGAGGGAUCUGUUGGCUUUAGCGAUGCUAAUUAUGCUGCUUUGGAUGACUCUGAGGCAGGCGAUGUAUCGAAAGUUGAUGAUACGAGGUCAUCAAUCGCCAGUGUGGACGGAAACUCGGGGCAGUUUGGUGAAUCAUGCGAAGUCACGGAUAAAGAAAACGAAGACAGUUCCCAGUUCAUGCAUUUGUUGGACGAAGAUUAUGAAGCGCUGAAUAAGCUGGUCGAUAACAUUCGACGCGAGGCCCGUAUUAGCGUUUUCAAUGGCCGUUUGAAGUUGAUUCCGGCUGAGGGUGAUUCAUUGUGCUUGGGUGAUAGGGUCGCCAUCAAUGACCUCUUAAAACCGCUUUUAUCGGGAGUUGAAAGUCCCGCUCAGAUUGCCGGUGCUUUGCGAUCGCUAAUUCCAAGCGUGGAGAUGGACCACGGUUUUCAACCGUCUGGAAACUGCGCGAAAAAAAGUGACAAAGCGAAUAUGGAAAAGCUGGAAGAAUUUCUGCCUGAAAUCGAUUCUGAUGAAGCUGACGAGAUGGAUAAAAUCUUGUUUCAUCCCCGUGAAAGAAGUUUUGCGGGCGGUGCCGAUGACGACGACGCGAUGUUGAAUACUGGGCGAUUUCAAAGCACCGUAGAUGAAUUGGCAAAUGACUCCGAGAACGAAGACUUCAACGUUGAUGAAUUGGAUCGGGAGAUCGCUUCCAUUCUGGACGAGAUGGAAGCUGAAUCUGGCGAAGACAGAGUUGAAGAAAUGAUUGAGAACUCUUCAGUUCUGGCAUCACUGUCAAAGCGAGCCCAGACAAUCGACGGCGACGCGACGAAUCUACGAAUGAAUGCUCGUGUCGAUUCAUCAGGGAUUGAAAUGGACACGUUUGACUUCAACGAUUCUGUUUUCUCAUCACUUGAUGUGGGCUUUGAGAAAGUGGUGAAUGCUUUCAUGAAGAACUCUGCGGACAUAGUAGACAUCGAUGAGGACAGAGACGCUGCUGAUGAAGUGGACAAUUGCGAAGUUCUACGAGACAAAGACCUGAAUCAAUCUUGCGUUGGAAAGUUAUGAAUACGUUUGCCAUACGAUUUCGCGUAUCGUGAUUUCCGUUUUCGUGUUAUGAGCACGACUUGGUUUCACUUGAAAUUUGGAGAAUAAAUAAAAAUGCCGAUUUGGAGGUAUGUAACGGCUUAUGAACAUCAACAUUAA